AUGGUGGCACCGUGGCAGCGUGUGUGCAUGGCGUUGGCAGAGUACUAUUUGCGUGCUUUUUCCUGCCUUUGCCCCUCUGAAGCUACUCCGACUCCGUCCCUUCUCCAGCUCUUUUUCCGGCAAGCAACUUCUCUCUUCGGCAGCUCCUCUAGCUCCGAUCAUCACUCAAAGGAAGAAAAGGUGGGCCCGUUGCCAGUUACCAUGAGCUUAAAAUACGCGUUGCCUGAGGUUAUCGAGACUGAGUACGCCAUUGUUGUUCAGAUCAGUCUUUCUGGAGUGGUCUCGCUGAAUGACGUCGAGUACAAGAUCGUGAAUGACAAAUUGUUGAUUCGCGCACAGUCUUCAACGUUUGAAUAUGGUUACCGCGGCUCCCCAUUCGGGUACCCCACUUACUUUACUAUGGUGGAGCUGAACGGUGCGAAUAGGUUUUGUGCUAAGCUGAUGGUUGUGGUUCUGGAUGACAAGAAGUUGUUCGAUUAUCUGCUCGUUUUCUGCCUGUUGAUCCAUGCUCGUGAUGCUUUGACUAACUCGCAGGACGCUGCCGUGCUUCGAUCGCUAAAGGAUCAAUGGAAAAACGUGCCGCCUAGUUGGGAUGGAUCGGACGAUCCCUGUGCCACAUGGGAAGGGAUUGCUUGCAACAACUCAAGAGUUACUUCAUUGGGAUUGUCAACAAUGGGAUUAACUGGUAAAAUGAGUGGUGACAUUGGGGGCCUCACAGAGUUAAUUUCUUUGGACUUAUCUUUCAAUCCUGGACUCACUGGCCCUUUGUCUCCUAAGCUGGGUGAUCUGCAAAAACUAACCAUAUUGAUUCUAGCUGGAUGUGGGUUUUCUAACAACAUACCAGAUGAACUGGGCAACCUAUCGGAGCUCACAUUUCUUGCCCUGAACUCAAAUAACUUGACCGGUGGCAUACCUCCUUCGCUCGGUAAGCUCUCUAAUCUAUAUUGGCUCGACCUGGCGGACAAUCAGUUGAGAGGACAAAUUCCCGUUUCAUCGGCUUAUGGCCCGGGUUUGGACCAGCUCAAAAAAGCCAAGCACUUCCAUUUCAAUAAAAACCAACUUUCAGGUGAAAUCCCAAGCCAACUUUUUAACUCAGACAUGUCAUUAAUACAUAUAUUGGAAGGUAACAUUCCAUCCACAAUAACACUUGUACAGGCACUCGAGGUUCUCCGGCUUGAUCGGAAUUUUCUGAAAGGGACAGUCCCACAAAACCUCAACAACCUUACAAACAUCGUUGAAUUGAAUUUGGCUCAUAAUAUGUUAUCUGGUUUUUUACCAAAUUUAACCGGAAUGAACUCCCUCAAUUAUGUGGACUUGAGCAACAAUUCUUUCAAACAAUCCAUAGCUCCUGAUUGGUUUUCGACUUUACAGUCAUUAACUACUUUGGUGAUUGAAUCUGGACCAUUAGAAGGCUCAGUCCCAUCAGAACUUUUCAGUUUACCUCAGAUACAGGAAGUGAAAUUGAGGAACAAUGCCUUUGGCGAUAAACUAGACAUGAGCGGCAAUAUUAACGAGCAUCUUCAACUUGUUGACUUGGAGAACAACGACAUUUCAUCAGUAACAAUUGGCUCCGCGUAUAGAAGCACGUUACUGUUGAUCGGGAACCCGGUGUGCUCUGCUACUCUAGAAAACACAGUCUAUUGUCAAAUCCAGCAAUCGGGCAAACCUUACUCGACUAACCUUGGAAACUGUGGUAGCCAAAUCUGCACCAAUGAUCAGAAGCUCAACCCACAAAGCUGUGACUGUGCUUAUCCGUAUGAAGGCACACUGUACUUUAGAGCUCCCACUUUUCGUGACAUCUCGAAUGCGAGUUUGUUCCAUUCUUUAGAAAUGAGCCUUUGGGUCAAACUGGGCCUUACUCCCGGAUCAGUUUCCCUGCAAAAUUCGUUCUUUAAUAAGGAUGACUAUCUUCAGGUGCAGCUCGGGUUAUUUCCAUCGGGCGAGAAGUAUUUCAAUAGGUCGAUGGUUCAGAGGAUUGGAUUUUCUUUGAGUAACCAAACAUAUAAGCCACCUCACGAGUUCGGGCCAUAUUAUUUUAUAGCGUCUCCUUACAUUUUCGGGGAUGAACAAGGGAGGGCCCACAUCAGCAGGCGCGUGAUUGCUGGAAUAUCAACCGGAUGCGCAUUUUUGGUUCUUGUGCUGGCAGUGUUAGGGGCCUAUGCUGUUCGGCAAAAGAGGCGGGCUGAGCAAGCCAUAGCAUUAAGCAAACCAUUUGCAUCAUGGACACCGAGCGGCAAGGACAGUGGAGGUGCACCACAGCUAAAAGGAGCAAGAUGGUUUUCUUAUGAUGAGCUCAAGAAAUGCACUAGUAACUUUUUGCAAAGAAAUCAGAUUGGUUCGGGAGGCUAUGGCAAGGUGUAUAGAGGAGUACUCUCCACUGGACAGAUAGUAGCAAUUAAAAGAGCUCAACAAGGUUCAACACAAGGCGGGCUUGAGUUUAAAACUGAAAUCGAGUUGCUUUCAAGAGUUCAUCACAAAAACCUUCUUGGUCUUGUCGGAUUCUGUUUCGAACAAGGGGAGCAGAUGUUGGUGUACGAGUUUAUGGCCAAUGGAACAUUAAGAGAGAGCUUAUCAGGAAAAAGUGGAGUUCAUUUAGAUUGGAAAAGAAGGCUAAGAAUCGCGCUUGGUUCGGCCAGAGGAUUAGCUUAUCUACACGAGCUCGCAAAUCCACCAAUCAUUCAUAGAGAUGUUAAGUCUUCAAACAUUUUGUUAGACGACAAUCUCACGGCAAAAGUUGCAGAUUUCGGCUUGUCCAAACUAGUAUCCGAUUCUUCUAAAGGCCACAUCUCGACUCAAGUCAAGGGCACACUAGGCUAUCUCGACCCAGAAUACUACAUGACACAACAGCUGACAGAGAAAAGCGACGUUUACAGCUUUGGGGUCGUUAUGCUCGAGCUCAUCACAGCCAAGCAGCCGAUCGAGAAGGGCAAAUAUGUCGUUCGAGAAGUGAGAGCAUUGAUCGACAAAAACGACGAGACACAUUAUGGUCUGGCCGAAAUCAUGGACCCCACCAUAAGAGGCGCGCCGUGCCUCGUGGGAUUCCAAAGGUUUAUCGAGCUGGCCGUGCAGUGUGUAGAGGAAUUGGCCUCCGACCGGCCCACGAUGGCUGAGGUCGUAAAGUCUCUCGAGAACAUUUUGCAGAAUGACGGCUUGAACACGAACUCGACCUCCGCUUCAUCAUCCAGAACGGAGUUUACUGGUAGUGGCAAAGGUUGUUUGAAGCAUCCUUAUAGUGAUGCUUUUGAUUACAGUGGUGGGUAUACACUUCAAGCUAAAGUUGAACCCAAGUGA